AUGGCAGACCCUGUUCAUUUUGCUGACCCUUUCUGGGAAGAUCCUUCUGGAAGAUCCGCCCCAAAAAAGUCCUUUGAAUAUGGACAUAUCUCAUUUGCAGCACAUUCUUCCAGGCCGAUCCAUGCCAAUACCGCGGAUUUAGUGAUUGUGGGCCAGGGAACCAUCGCUGUGAAGUCAAAGACCACCGAGGCGAUCGAAAUCACGGUGUCAGGCAACUCUUCCGAUCCGAAGUUGAUCCUGAAGAUUACUCAGAACAAUGCCGUGUUCUACAAAAAGAGCGGCUAUGAAGAAAUACUCGCUAUCUACUGGCUUUCUAUUGACAGGAGCAACUGGGUAUUGCGCUAUGGAAAAUACUAUACCUGGAAUGCCUUGACAUUGCUAGAAGUUGAACUGUGCGCAAAUUCGGGAAAAUGGCUGGAAAAGUUGAAAUAUGUGCAAGUCGAGGAUGGCAGCGAGGCCCCCAACUUCACAAUCAAAGCCCUCCCUGUCACCUUGGAUCUUCCACCUAUUGUCGUGGGGAAUGAAGCCGUUUCGCUGCGACAGUUAGACCUGGCGGCAGUUACUAUCUCGGCGAAUCUCCCGGAGGCGUGUCGGAAAUUGUAUCACAAUAUCGCCGGGCCAAGAAUUGCGCUUGAGGCAGAAUUCAAAGAACUUGCCGACACAAUCCACAAGAGCGUCAUGACAGAAGGACGAUUCGCCUACAAGUUAUUGAGAGAAAAAUGCAAAACUCUUAAGGAUUUGCCGAAUACAUAUCUCCGUAUUACUAUCGGAUCUGCCCAGGGAAACUCACCGGGCAUCCCGUACGUCAUGGAGAUUUGGCCCCCUGGUCAUAAAUCUCCCAUCCACGACCACGGCAAUGCGUGUGCGGUUAUCCGUGUUCUGUCCGGCUCAAUCCGGUGCACUUGGUAUGACACUCUUGUUACAGGAAGGAAACCGUACUCGCUUGGUCAGCCGUUGGAGCUCAAAAAAGAUAUGGUCACCUGGCUUGGAGAUAAUCAGUAUCAGAUCCACGAACUCGAAAACACCACGGAUAAAACUUGUGUCACUCUGCAGUGCUACGCUUUCUCAAAAGAUGACAAAGUCCACAAGGAACAUUUUGACUUUCUUGAAAACGGCCAAAAACUGGGAUUUACCCCGGGCAGCGAUUACACCUUUGCAAAAUUUUGUGAGGAAAUGGAGAAAGAGUGUCCCCAAAAAUCACCAGGUUUGUUACCAUAA